CAAGCCUGGAGAAAUGCUCAUUUAUUACACAGACACAGUGUAUACAACAUGUCUAUAAAAUGCCCCAUAAUAGAAGCGCCUGAAGCUCGAUCCACGCCCCGGACAAAAGAUGACAAUGGCAGCUGGCUAUCUGCCGAUGGACCAUAUCUCACUUACGUCAAGCAGAGCUGUAGUCGACAGCCCAAUCUCGAGUUACCCGAUGGACGGAAUCGCGCUAUUAUGCUGUGCGACAGACAGCAUGUUCGAGCGACAGUUCUCGAGUUAAAUAGUGAAGGCAAAAUGCUGUCGCCCGCGGAAUUCCCUCAUGUUACACAACUGAGGAAUCAUUUUUCUCAACUGCGAAAGUUGCGCCAAGAUGGUCAAAGUCAUCGGAUGAUCUAUCUUGUCGAAGGCUUAAACACAGAAGUUAUAGCACUUUUAGGUGACGAACUCCAGGUAGACCCUAUGUUCUUUGUCACUCACGAGAGAACGUCGACAUAUCUGCGAUGGCCUUACGAGCCCAAUCUAGCACCAUGCUUACCUUCACUCAUUGACGGGAAUCGAUCAUUUACUGCAAGCUACUACGACAUUCGAGCUCUCAGUGAAGAGUUCGGGUCAUUCAGCGUAGGAUGUGCAGAAUCGGGUAGAGACGCUUUGAGGACCAAGCUCGGCAAGGAUUGGGAGCCUACAGUUAUCCUUCACAGAAAAUGUUCAUUCUGGAAAACAACAUUUUCCAAUCAAAAUGACUGGAGUGUUUUAAUCCUCUGUGAUCCACCCUUUCGAAAAGCUCAUAUAUGGCAUAAACCACAGCCAAAAUCUGAGACGUGGUCACUCAAGACUAUAGAAUUUUCUGCACCUCCGUUUCAAGGAGGAUAUGCAGAUUUUAUCCCCAGUCCCUGGACUGUACGGAGCAGAACAUCAGGACCUUCACGAGAAUGUCUAUAUGACGACUUGCUUCACUACUACACCGAAUGCUACAAUGACAUAUCUGCCAGGCAAGCAGCUCAGCUAGACAUCACUGUUUUCGUGAGGAAGAUCAUAGCGUCUCAUUAUAUGCUUUUGAUCGAAUACCACGAUGCGCUUCUAUCGACAAUGGCAUUUCCCUUGCAGCGAAAAGACAAUUUUGCAUCUGUUCAGACAACAUCUCUCGAAGCAUCAUGGAGCAAUAUCCAACUUUUAUGCAGUCGACUCAGCAGAUAUAUCAAGGAUGUUUCACAAAUAAUGCUACAGUUACACAUCAGAUUUGACGAUCCCGUAGUUCCAACCGAUUACACACAGUGGACAGAAAGCGAGUCAGAUUUCCAGUACAUUUAUAUGAGAUUGCAGUCUCUCAGACAAAGAGCAGAGUUUCUAAGCGAGUCGCUUACUGGAGUGACGGGUAUCAAUGGAGCUGCAAGGUCUAUUCGCGAAGCAAAGACCAUCAAGACGUUUACUAUCGUAGCGCUCAUUUUUAUUCCUUUGUCAUUCUCUACGAGUCUGUUUAGCAUGUCUGAGCGGUAUUUACCUGGCGAGAAGAACUUUGGGGUCUUUUUUAGUGUGUCGUUACCACUUUUGGUCUUCAUUUUUGCCGUCAUACUAUUAUUUGAUCUGGGAUAUGAUGAGAAUAGUAGUUGGACGUUCAAGACAUUUACAACCAGAAUAUGGAGGUUGUUAUUCUAAGCAUGUUGCGAAUAAACAAACACUGUCAGAUCUCAUCAUCUACAUACAUAUCCUCACCGUCCUCUCUUCCCUCUCCAUACAAAACCUCACAAACACCUGCCAGCGGAAUAUCCAUCACCGCAUCCGUUCCCUCACUCCAAAUCUCCCUCCAUCUCAAUCUCCCAUCUCCAUGCACCUUUCUCUCCCUAUUACGACUCCCCCUCAAUCUUCCCUUCGCAUCGAUCUCCGCCAACUUUCCCGCCCCAUCAACGACAGUCUCAACACUCGAUAGUGGCACCGUCAACAUCUCUGUGUUGAACGCAGCGAGAGCUACGUAGAUGUACACCACUGUCAUGACGAUAAAAGCCGGUAUGGCGAGCGCCCACCAUCGGUUGGGAUAGUAGUAUAUCCCCAGGGCGUGCAGAAAUGGCGAAGGGAGAUAGCCCCAUAGGAGGUAAAUGAGGAAUGUCAGACUGCUGAAGAGAUACAGCACAAAGCCGUAGUAUUCGUACGUCGGCACCUUUGGCGCGGCUCUAGGUACAGGCGCGAUUGCAUCGUCAUCAGAUGCGUCUGGUGUUGUUGGCCGUGAAGGGCGUAGAAGAGAUGUGAGUGAGGGCGAAGGGGGCAAAGGCGUUGGAGGUCGCCCAUAAAAUGGAGGCGCAAACAGAUUCUGCGACAAUUGUCGUGGGGGAGAAUCUUCGUCUUCUCCGGACGAACUGGCCGAUUGAGCGUCUGAGAGGAUAUCGUCCUCGUCAUCUGAGCUGAGUGACAUGUUGAUUGUGAUUUGUCUGUUUCUGUACGAACAAGACUGUAGUUUGAAG